AUCAUAUUCUCAAACAGUAACGAACCUAAAAGUUCUUCCAACAGUUCCAAUGGUUAAAACAUGGAGGCAAGAUGAAGUUCUUGAUUAUUUAAAAUCUGUAAAAAAAGAACUGGAGCUUGAAGACAAUGACAUUAGUAUUAUUGAAAAACAGAGGGUUGUAGGUUCAGACUUCAUCAAAUUAACCAAAAAAGAACUCCAAAAUUUAGGAAUGCCAUUUGGACCUGCGAUGAGGAUUGCAGGCCUUGUGCAAAAGUUCCCUGAAAAAUUAAAAUCAUUUUCAAAUUAUAGAACUAAGGAUGAUAUGAAGCUUAUUUUAGACAACUAUGGAAUCUCUGAUAUACGUGAUUUUCCACAUUUCAACCCAGUAAUGGUGAAAAUUGAUGAUAGCAAUAAAAUUUAUAAAUUAUGUAUAGAAUCUAUUAAAGAAAGGUUAAGUAAUAUGGGUGAAUUAACAGGUCAACCUGAAGCUUUGCAUUCCUUAUAUGUUGAUACAAUAUUAGUAAAGUCUGUAUCAAUCGUCAAAGAAAUUACAGGCAAAUCAAUUAGAAUGUAUCCACAGAUGGAAAUUAUUGGUGUAGAAGCAUCAGGCAAUGUUGAUUAUGCAAUUCGAACAAGUAAAAUAAGUGGUCAUUUAGAAGAGUUGGUGUGCAUAACUGAGACCAAAAAAGAAACAGCAGUCAUUGGAAUUAUCCAAAAUAUCAUGCAACUUAAAACUGAAAAUUGGACUUUCUUAAUGUAUACACCAGAGAAUAUAUAUCUCUCAAAAAGAAUAUAUCCAAUAGAAAUUGAUAGUGAGGCAUUGAAUGAUGAAACCAGACUUAGCAUAGGAUUAAAAGAAGUUAUGGAAACAAUUGUAGGUUUGUUGAAGGACAGGAUGGAGUUUGAUGACUCUUUCAGUCAACGGUGA